GAGUACAGGAUUACACACGCACACAUACAUCCAAAGCUAGCUUGCAUUUCAUUUGCAGUGCACUCAGGUAGGCACCAUGACGCUCAAGCUCCUAAUGGAAGUGAGCCCGCAGGAGCUGCUGGAGUCUCUGGCGGAGCUCCAGAACCACGUGCUCGGCUACGUCAAGUCCACGUCGCUCAAGUGCGCCGUGGACCUCGGCAUCCCGGCCGCCAUCCAUAAGCGCGGCGGCACCGCCACCCUGGCCGACAUCGCGGCCGACGCCAAGGUGCACCCGGCCAAGGUCGCCGACCUCCGGCGCAUGAUGGCGCUGCUCAGUGCCUCGGGCAUCUUCACCACCACCGCCGCCGCCGGCGCCGGGGACGACGGCGGUGCGACCGACGACACGGCCGCCGUGCAGUACGGGCUGACCACGACGGGCCGCUUCCUCGUCGGCUGGCGCAACCUGUCUCCCGUGGCGCCCUUCUUCGUGAACUCUCUCAUCGUCUCCUCCUUCUUCGACCUGCCUGCCUGGCUCACGAGCGAGCCGGCGCCGGCCGGCGCUGUGUCCCUCUUCGAGCAGGCGCACGGCUGCUCCCGGCAGGAGAUGGCGGGCAAGGACGCCGGGUUCGGCGGCGUCCUCAGAGACGCCAUGACCGCCGACAGCGAGCUCUUCCUGGAAGUCAUUAUUGUUGACAAGGGCCGCAUCUUCCGCGGGGUGAGCUCCAUCGUCGACGUCGGCGCCGGCAACGGCGCCGGCACGCGGGUGGUCGCCAAGGCGUUCCCGCGCAUCAAGUGCACCGUACUGGACCUUCCUCAGUCCGUCGGCCAGGCCGCCGCCGCCGGCGACGACAACCUGAGUUUCGUCGCAGGUGACAUGUUCGAAUCCAUUCCACCGGCGGAUGCUGUCCUGCUCAAGAAUGUUCUGCGUGACUGGGGCCACGACGACUGCGUCAAGAUACUUCAACGUUGCAAGGAAGCCAUCCCCGCCAGGAGUGCCGGAGGGAAGGUGAUAAUCAUAGACAUGGUAAGAGGGUCUCUGCUCGGCGAUAAGAAGAUCGCCGAGGUGGAAGCCUUGCAGGACAUGUUCGCGAUGUGCACCAACGGGGUGGAACGGGACGAGAGCGAGUGGAAGAGGAUCUUUUCCGACGCUGGAUUCGGCCAAGAUUACAAGAUCAUGCCGGUGUUGGGUCCCUUAUCAGUGAUUGAGAUCUACCCAUGAAAAGCCGGCAACUAGACCGUACUAAUGGACACCCUACCGUAUGUUGCACGUAUACCUGAACUACAACAGUUUUAUUAUUGGUAUGUGCACAUGAACUGUCUGUAUUGUUAAUAAGCAGGCUGCCUUGUUAAAUAUGCCUGUAUUGUCAUGUUUAUACCUUCUAGUAUCUCUCAGCUACUCCAGCAACAUGUAUUUCGGUACAGAAGGAGUAUUAAAUAAGCGUAGCUCUUUCUAGAAUUUGUUGCUGUACUUUGUCAAGCUAUAUGUCAUGUUGAGGUCGAUGGUUGGAUCUUAUUUCUCCUAGCAAGUUAACAGUUUUAAUGAUAUUUUCAAAUUUGAUAUUCUAUUUUA